ACGUAGAAACCGCGGGAAAGGUACGAGAAGACGCCGUGGGGUAUUGGUGGAUUUGCCCGGCAUGACUAGGAUUAUUGUCUGGCCAGCAAUAGCCAUUUCAAGUUUAUACAAUUUAUAUAACUAUAAAGUGUAAAGGAGCGACAGAUGGCUGCUAUUACUGCUUCCAUAUCAAAGGGUUGCUUUGUGUUCAAGCCAAGUAUCAAGAAAAAGAAGAGGACUUUAGAUGCUGAGGACUAUUUCAUCAAUGGCAGUGAUGAUUGCGAGAAUGGCAAACAGCGUUUCCUUCUCUGUCAGGAGCUAUGGGAAGACAUGAAGUCCGAAACAGAGUCAGUGCAGGAUGAUCUGAAUAAAAAGGUCCUGGACAGCCUGCUGGAGUUUGCCAGGAAAUCAACCUCCAGCUUCAUGUCCCGAGAGGAAGAUUGGGCAUCUCAUAUGAGAGCCAGUGAGAUCCCCGUUGCUGCCUUGGUGCUGGGAGUAAACUUGACGGACCACAACAUGACGUUUCAAAGUCUGUCAGACAGGCUGCAGAACUCUGUGACUCCAUUUGUUGUCUCUGUUCAAGCCAAGGAGUGUGCAGCUGUGAAGUAUCUACUGCAGAAAGUGCUGCAAAGGCUAACUGGAGUGUCUGUGGAUAAGGAUGAAGAGGAAACCAGUACAGAUCUUCCCCCGAACAGUGCACACUGCUCCCUGAGGUCACUCUGUGAUUGGUACAAGACUGUCUGUAAGAAUUCCUCUGGGAGCUCUCCAGGGGAAAAGCGCAGCUCUUCUGAGAUGGAAUUCUCUGCAAAUCCACCCAUUAUUGUUAUCUUCAGAGACCUUGAGGCCUUCAGCCCACGUGUUCUGCAUGCCUUCAUUCUCAUCUGCAGCCAGUACACUCAACAGCUCCCCCUACUGUUCAUCUUUGGCAUCGCCACAUCCCUCAGUACUGUUCAGCGCAUGCUGGCCCAUUCUGUGACAUCCCUGCUGUGCAUCAAGCUCUUCCAGUUCUCCUCCUGCACCAAGCACCUGGCCACUGUCAUUGACAAGCUGGUUUUAACGCCGAAGUUCCCCUUUAAGCCCAGCGGUAAGGUGUUACAAGUGCUAGUUGGUCUCUUCCUGUACCACGACUUCUCCGUGCACAAUUUCAUCAAAGGCCUGCAGCUCUCUUUGUUGGAGCACUUCCACGACCAGCCUCUGAGUGUUUUGUGCUGUAAGAAGCAGGAGGCUGUGGUCAGAGCUCAGCAGCUAAACCACCAGGAGGUGGAGAACAUUCGCCAGCUUCCCUCCUUCAUGAGGUUUGUAGAACAGCAGGAGCCCCAGGAGCAAGUGGAGCUGCUGACCAGUGAUGAGCAUGUGAAGGAAGUGUGUCAGAAACUGCUGAAAGGCCUCCAUCGAUACCACAAGAACUUCUUUCCCAUUCUCAGAUGUCUCCAUGUGCUAACAUCCUCUCUACCCAAGUAUCCCCUGGGAAAGCAGAUAAGAGAGCUGCACGUGACCUGUCUGGAGAAGGACGUGUGGGAGACUGAGGACUAUGAAUCAGCCAUGCAACUUCUCAAGAUACUGGCUAAGGAUGAACUUCUCACAGUUUUGCAAAAUUGUGUUGAAACCCUUAAAUCUGGAAAGACCAAGGAACUAAGGGAUGCCCUGAAACAUCUGCAGGAUCUCAAAGACAGACUUCAGCAACUGGAUGCGUUCACGGAUCCUUCUGCUCUAGGUGGUCAUGGGGAGGGCAGGGAAAAUGACUGCUUUUCUGAAAAUGGCUUACAGAAGAAGACUGACUUGUUCCAGCUUCAGAAGACUCUGCUGCAGAUGAAGGAGUGUCGUAAGACAAAGAAAAGAAGCCCAUUUGAGCUGCUCAGAAAUGAAACCAUUGAAUAUAUUGACAGCCUUGUCAAGAUGCAUUUGACCAGACCCGAAUCCCAGCCCCUGUAUGAGGUUUGCUACUGCACCUCCUCUGGAACCCUGCGGCACCACCUCAACGCCACACCCCGAACCUCCAUCCAGACAGCCCUCGCUCACCCUUACUACUACCUUCAGAAUGAGGCCCUGAGGAGCGAGACGGGUGCCAUCUCCAGUGCUGCCCCAGAUAUCUGCAUUGUGUACAAGCUACACCUGGAGUGUGGGCGGCUCAUCAACCUGUAUGACUGGCUGGAGGCUUACUGCAUGGUGGUCACAGCUGCUGAUGGGGAGGACUCUGACCCCAGUGAAAAGGGAAAAUUUGAUGAAAUUAGACGUGCUUGUUUUAUUCGUGCCGUAUCUGAGCUGGAGUUCCUGGGGUUCAUAAAAUCUACCAAGCAGAAGACGGAUCAUGUGGCACGGCUGACCUGGGGAGGCUGCUGACUGUCACACACUCUUUCUGCAUAGGGUUUUUGUGUGGAACUCUACACACAAUCUAUUUUUAUAAUAAAAUUGUCCACACUGUAUAUUGUGAAAUUGAAGACUUUAUGCAACAUGUAGUAAAAGGAUCCGAGUACUG